CGGGUCGCACCGCCUCGGUCUGAAACACCAACACUUGGUUCCGCUGUGGAAAUGGCCUCGGCUGUUCGUCCGACUAUAAAUGCCAAAUGAGCUGCUACUUUUUCGGAGUCGUCCCAGAGAACAUAUAGCUUCUUCUGAGCUACUACUUUGAGGAGUGACGAGGCAGACAAACAUGCCACAUUUGCUGUGGCCGGAGCCGCUGACAGCCGCUCAGCUCAAGCGGCUGGAGGAGCAUAAAUACAGCGCCUCCGGUCGCUCCCUGUUCGAGCCGCCGUGUCAGGUCUACUGGAACUGGCUCGUCCAGCAAAUACCGACAUGGAUCGCACCGAACACGCUGACUAUAGUUGGACUGCUGAUCAAUAUCCUGUCCACGGUGGUGCUUGUGUAUUACUGCCCCACGGCAACAGAGGAGGCUCCAUCAUGGGUCUUCAUCCUUUCUGCUCUGGGCCUCUUCAUCUACCAGUCUCUGGACGCCAUCGAUGGGAAACAGGCCAGGAGGACAAACAGCAGCUCGGCCCUCGGGGAGCUGUUUGACCACGGCUGUGAUGCCGUCUCCACAGUCUUUGUCGCUGUGGGAACAUGCAUUUCAUGUGGAAUAGGAAGAUACACAAACUGGAUGUUCUUCUGUGGUUUCAUCGGGAUGUUUAUGUUCUUCUGCGCUCACUGGCAGACCUACGUGUCGGGGACCCUCCGCUUUGGCCUGGUUGAUGUCACCGAGGUGCAGGUUGCCAUCAUAAUCAUGUAUUUGAUGUCAGCCUUUGGAGGUGUGGGCCUUUGGCAAACUACGUUGCCCAUCAUUGGACUGCAGCUGUACGUCUUCCCCAUCAUGGGCAUCAUCGGCGGGGCCCUGUACUCCUGCUACAACUACUUCUAUGUCAUUUUGAACGGAGGCGUCGGCAAAAACGGCUCCACCGUGGCUGACACCAGUGUGCUGAGUCCUGGUUUGCACAUCGGCCUCAUCCUCACCCUGGCCUUCAUCAUUUUCAAGAAGUCGUCCAGCCGCCUGUUUGAGCACCACCCAUGUUUAUACCUGCUCAGCUUUGGCAUGGUCAUCGCCAAGAUCUCCAACAAGCUGGUGAUAGCACACAUGACCAAGAGUGAGUUACACCUCCCAGACACAGCCUUCAUCGGGCCCGGCCUCCUCUUCCUCAACCAGUACUUCAACAGCUUCAUUGAUGAACAUAUAGUCCUCUGGAUCGCUCUGGUCCUCUCUCUCCUGGAUCUGACGCGGUACUGCACCGGCGUUUGCCUCCAGAUCGCCUCCCACCUGCGCAUCCGAGUCUUCAGCAUCACGCCUCCGAGCAACGCCCACCGCGACUGACGGCUUGCCCGGCGGGAGGAGGCGGCGGGAGACGAAGAUCUCUCGCCGCUCCUGAAAGCAGACAAUGAGGAGAGACCCUCGACCCCGAGCCUCGACAACGUCGCCACUUCUGACUAAAACUGCCUCAGCCACCGGAUGGAAAACUGAAACCAACAUCUACACUGCAAAACCAAAAACAAACAAAAUAACUCUGAAAAGCAUGGAUCUAUUGAAUGGGAAAAAAAUGAUGUGGAACUCGAGUAUUCCUUUUAAUUUGAACAUGUUAUUUUUACAUUAAAGGGUCACUCUUUCCACUUCAGCUUAUUCAAUACAAAACACCAAACUGUUUUCUUUCAAUAGGAAUCUUAUAGCUCGGGCAAAUAUGAAAGCGUUUUCAGAACUGAUUGUCCUAUAAUUUCCCUAAACACUUAAAGAUACGACAAUCCUCAGAAAAUAGUUGAUACAUUUCUUUGAUCUUUGCCAGAGCUAAUGAGAUUACCUGUUUUCUUAAUCACUCAUGUUUUUAUUUAUUAAAUGAGUAAAUCUGACACAAAUCAGGGCUUGAAAAUAUGGAUCUAAAUUUCACAAAUGACCUUUAAAACCUCAAAUAAUUUCCAAUGAAGUUUCCAAUGUGGGCUGGCAGGUUGUCGACAAGCUGCGUGAAGGGGUAAUGGUCUGUGUUAGUGCUGAAAACGACGACCGGCGUUCUGUCACUGCGAACACCACUCCAGCUUCUAACGUUUUUAUUUCCUGUAACUCACCUCGUCCUGGAAAGUGAAACAAAGUCCGGCCCUCUGAGCGCCGUCGACUGAUGAAGCAUUAACACUCGACUUGUUCUGCUUUCUCUGUUCUUCUCCCUGAAGGGCUAAUACUUAAUUAUGUGCGAUUGUACAGAACUGAACUGAAGACGCCUUAAAUAUUUUUGUUGUAAUUACUGUUGAACUUGUGAAUAUUUAAAGCCUCUUUGUACAUGUUUUUGUUUGUUUUGGGUUUUUUUUCCACUGAAGUAUCAAACCAGAUACAAUAUUAAUAAUACAAUAAUACUGGAAGUUUUUUUUUUUUACCUGUAACAUUAUAAAGACUUUUCACUUCUACAGGUGUCUAUGUCUGGUUCAUUUGGUUUUUGAAGAUUUGUUGGGUAAUUCUAUGUUGAUUGAACAUCACUGAAAAGUUGUAAUGCGACUGCCUGAUCAAAAGGGAUUUUCCAUAGAUCAUGUGAACUAUUUAAAGGGGUUAAAAAAAGGGUAUAAUUGAUUUUUAGUUUUAACAGUAACACCAUCUUCCCCUUGGAUUCUGCCUCUGCAGGAUUGUGGACAUUUAAGAGGGGCAUGUCCUUAGAACUUCAUUUUGCAUAAUUUUUGGCUGGACUCUGAAACUAUGCAUUGAAAUGUACAAAAUUGAUUCCAAAUACCUUGUUGCACUGUUCAGUAAUACAGUGGAACACCUUUCUACUAACAGGUUAAAGUGGAGAAGAUUGUAAUAAAGAAAAUAUUUUUCAUCAA